GUUUUCAGCCUUUUUGUGUUUACAGACCGAGAAGACGAGGACUAAUCACAGCGUGUAAAAGAAGAGCAGUGUUCCCAUCCAGCUGGAGGCUGGUGCAUUCGGCUGAUACCACGUGACGCUCCCUCCGCCGAGUCUCGCGGAGAGCAUCAGACUGCACCUUUUCCUCCUCGAGAGAGAGAAGAGGGAGAGCGACACCGACCCACAGCGGAGAGAGAGAGUGAGGGUGGGGGGGGAGCAGCAGCACCUUGUCGCCUGGAGGAGAGCCUGUGAUAAUUCUGUCCCCGUCCAGCUCCAGACCAGCUCCAGACCCGCUCCAGACCCGCUCCAUCUCCCACCGGGCGCGCGGCUCCCUCUCCUCUCUCCUCAAAUGGGAAGCGAAACCUGCGAGUCGCGCGCGGCACUGUUACCACGGACCCACAGGAUGUACGUGAGGUCGCUGGAGAGAGUGAUGACGCGGCACUGAAAGACACACAUAUACCUCACCGACACACACAUACACACAUAUUUGCCCACACACACUUUAAGUCUUGCCCUACUAAGACAGGGAGGAGGGGGAGAAAAUUCUGCUAUGACGGUGUCAUUUCUCUCCAUUACCAGUGUGUGAGCCACACACACACACACAUACACACUCUCCGUGGGGAGUUGCCUGCAUGGGGGAUAAGGCCCUAUCUAGGGCACAAAGAUGGAGUUCACGUCCCAUUCGUCACAUAUCUAAGACUCACACAUGUACACACAAAUACACACACCUGGAGUUUCAUACAGCACAAGUGAAGAAUGAAAGAGUGAAUGGAUAAAAGACUUUAGAACAUCUCAGAGAAAGCACAAACACAACCCAGGGCAAAAGAAGAUGCCCCAAGCGUGCUGAAAGGACGGAGGGACCUGCUGUUUAACCCCCCCAUCCCUUUUUUUUUUUUUUUUUUUUUUUUUUAGGGUUUUUUUUUUUUAGGUUUUUUUUUUUUUUUUUUUUUUUUUAGGUUUGCAUUGGAACAGUAUCUUUGAAAGCGUUCCUGUGUGCAGACCAGGGUGCACCACAGACUUAGUGUUGUAUGAAACGUCCUACAGUUGUCACCAUGAGCUGUAGGCUAGAGGAAACACCCCAGCUCUAGCCUCUAUCUCCUCCUGUGUGUGUGAGUGUGAGCGCGAGUGUGUGUAUGAGUGUGAUGGCGGUGUGUGUUUGGGCGGCAGCCCCCCUGCUCUUCCUGGGGCUGUGCCUGUGUAGCGUGGGGGGUCAGGCCCAAGGAGAGGUGCUGGAGUUUGGAGGAGUGUCCAGCCAGUGGGGGCGGUUCCCGGUGUGGAACGCCUGCUGUGAGAGUGUGCUGAGCUUCAGCCUGCGGACUCACAGCCAGGAGGGCCUGUUGCUCUACCUGGAUGAUGAGGGCUUCUGCGACUUCCUGGAGCUGCUGCUCCUUCAUGGCCACCUUCGCCUACGGUUCUCCAUCUUCUGCGCUGAGCCAGCAGAGCUGCAGUCAGGUGUGGCGGUGAGUGAUGGGCGUUGGCACGCAGUGCGUGUCAAGCGGGACUGGAGGAACACCUCACUAGAGGUGGAUGGACGACUGGAAGGAUGGGCGGAAGUGAAGAGCAAGAGAAGAGACAUGACAGUAUUCAGCCACACGUUCAUGGGUGGGGUGACGCCAGAACUUCACUCCUCGCCCUUGCGCCUCACCUCUUCUUCAGUGCGAGAACACCCUCCCUUCCGUGGCUGGAUCACGGCGGUGAGCAUCAAUGGCUCACUGGUGUCACUGGACAGCUCAGAAGGCGUCACAGUAACAGCUGGUUGUGGACCGGACCACCAGUGCCAGAACGGAGGGGUGUGCAGCGUGGUCAACGACCAGGCCGUCUGCGACUGCUCCGACACCGGUUACCAAGGCAACGACUGCAGCGAAGAGCACAGCUACACUCCAGGUCUGGCACACCUGAUGAUUGGCGACCAAGCACGUGAGGAGUACGUUGCCACCUUUAAGGGCUCUGAGUACUUCUGCUAUGACCUGUCGCCAAACCCCAUCCAGUCUAGCAGCGACGAAAUCACACUGUCCUUCAAGACGCUGCAGCGCAACGGCUUGAUGCUGCACACUGGCAAGUCAGCCGACUACGUCAACCUGGCACUGAAGAACGGUGCCGUAUCGCUCGUCAUCAACCUCGGAUCCGGGGCCUUUGAGGCCUUGGUGGAGCCGGUCAAUGGCAAGUUCAACGACAACGCCUGGCAUGAUGUCAAGGUCACCCGCAACCUGAGACAGCACUCAGGCAUUGGACACGCUAUGGUGACCAUCUCUGUGGACGGCAUCCUGACCACCACGGGCUACACCCAGGAGGACUACACCAUGCUGGGCUCAGAUGACUUCUUCUACGUGGGAGGGAGUCCCAGCACUGCUGACCUCCCUGGUUCUCCAGUCAGCAAUAACUUUAUGGGCUGUUUGAAAGAGGUGGUGUAUAAGAACAAUGAUGUACGGUUGGAGCUGUCAAGACUGGCUAAACAGGGGGACCCGAAGAUGAAGGUAAGUGGGGUCGUGUCCUUUAAGUGUGAAAGUGUGGCCACCCUGGACCCUGUAACCUUUGACACCCCGGAGUCGUAUGUGGCGCUGAGCAAGUGGACGGCGAAGAAGGCGGGGUCGAUCUCAUUCGACUUCAGGACCACAGAGCCCAAUGGUUUGAUGCUGUUCAGUCAUGGGAAACCUCGACAGCAGCAGCGCAAGGACCCUCGUACACCUCCCACAGUCAAGGUGGAUUUCUUCGCCAUUGAGAUGCUGGAUGGGCACCUGUACUUGCUGCUGGACAUGGGUUCAGGAACCACCAAGACCAAAGCCAUCGACAGGAAGGUUAAUGAUGGGGAGUGGUACCAUGUGGACUUCCAGAGGGAUGGGCGUUCAGGUACGAUCUCGGUGAACAGCGUGCGGACGGCGUACACAGCUCCCGGAGACAGCGAGAUCCUGGACCUGGAUGACACGCUGUACCUCGGAGGUCUACCCGAGGACCGAGCCGGACUCAUCUUCCCUACAGAGGUGUGGACGGCUCUGUUGAACUAUGGUUACGUGGGCUGCAUCCGAGACCUGUUCGUGGACGGUCAGAGUAAAGACAUCCGGCGUCUGGCCGAGGCUCAGAGGGCAGUGGGGGUAAAGCCUUCGUGCUCCAGGGAACCGCCCAAGCAGUGUUUGUCUAACCCGUGCCAACACAACGGCAUCUGCAGGGAGGGGUGGAACCGCUACGUCUGCGAUUGCUCCGGGACGGGCUACCUGGGACGCUCCUGCGAAAGAGAUGCGACUAUCCUGUCGUACGACGGCAGUAAGUUUAUGAAGGUGCAGUUGCCUGUGGCGAUGCACACCGAGGCGGAGGACGUCUCGCUACGGUUUCGCUCCCAGCGGGCUUAUGGCGUUCUCAUGGCAACCACAUCCCGUAACUCCGCAGACACCCUUCGUCUGGAGCUGGAUGGGGGCCGUGUCCGACUCACUGUCAACUUAGACUGUAUCAGGAUAAACUGUACAGCCAGUAAAGGCCCAGAGACAAUCUUUGCGGGGUCGGGCCUCAAUGAUAAUGAGUGGCACACUGUGAGGGUAGUCCGGCGUGGAAAGAGCCUUAAACUCACCGUGGACGACCUGCAGCCCGUCGAAGGUCAGAUGGCGGGCGACCACACCCAACUGGAGUUUCACAAUGUGGAGACGGGCAUAGUGACGGAGAAGCGCUUCAUGCCUGCGGUGCCGUCCAAUUUCAUCGGCCACCUUCAGGGCCUGGCACUGAACGGCAUGCCUUAUAUCGACCUGUGCAAGAACGGCGACAUCGACUACUGCGAGCUCAACGCCGUCAUCGGCUACAAGAGCAUCGUGGCCGACCCCGUCACCUUCCGCUCGCGCUCCAGUUUUGUGACGCUGCCCACCCUUCAGGCCUACUACUCCAUGCAUCUCUUCAUGCAGUUCAAGACCACCUCCCCCGACGGCCUUAUUCUGUUCAACAGGGGAGACGGCAACGACUUCAUUGUCGUAGAACUGGUGAAAGGUUACCUACACUAUAUAUCUGACCUGGGCAAUGGAGCGCACUUGAUCAAGGGCAACUCCAACAGUCCGCUAAAUGACAACCACUGGCACAACGUGCACAUUUCCCGCGACACUAACAAUCUCCACACAGUCAAGAUUGACACCAAAGUCACCACGCAGACGACCAUGGGAGCCAAGAACCUCGACCUAAAGGGUGACUUGUACAUUGGGGGUGUCUCUAAAGAGAUGUACCGAGACCUGCCUAAGCUGGUCCACUCCCGCGAGGGUUUCCAGGGUUGCCUGGCAACAGUUGAUCUGAACGGCCGCCUCCCUGACCUUUUGGCUGAUGCCUUGGCAACCAUGGGACAAGUGGAGCGAGGCUGUGAAGUUACAUUGAUGAAAGCUGACUUGCAAGGUCCCAGCACAACCUGUCAAGAAGACUCCUGCUCCAAUCAGGGAGUCUGUUUACAGCAGUGGGAAGGAUUCACCUGUGACUGCAGCAUGACUUCGUACGCAGGCCCGCUAUGCAACGACGCUGGGACCACCUAUAUCUUCGGUCGCGAUGGAGGCCUUGUGAUCUACACGUGGCCCCCUAAUGAACGUCCCAGCACCAGGGCGGACCGGCUCGCCCUCGGCUUCAGCACGCAGCAGAAACACGCCAUCCUGCUGAGAGUGGACAGUGCAUCUGGGCUGGGAGACUACCUUCAGCUGCAGAUAGACAAAGGGAACAUUAGAGUAGUGUUUAACGUUGGCACUGAUGACAUCAACAUCGAGGAGAGCUCCAAGUUUGUCAACGAUGGGAAGUACCACAUAAUUCGGUUCACCCGCAGCGGUGGCAAUGCAACGCUCCAGUUGGACGACCUGCCGGUCAUAGAACGCUACCCCUCAGGCAACAUUGAUAACGAGCGCCUGGCCAUCGCCAGACAGCGAAUCCCCUAUCGGCUCGGUCGAGUAGUUGACGAUUGGCUACUCGACAAAGGUCGCCAGCUGACCAUCUUUAACAGCCAGACCACGGUGCGAGUGGGCGGAGGUGAGCGAGGCGCCGGAAUGUUCCAGGGCCAGCUCUCAGGCCUCUACUACAACGGCCUCCGCAUCCUCAACAUGGCCGCCGAAGGCCACCCGCACAUUAGAGUGGAGGGCAGUGCGCGGCUCGUGGGCGACAUGCCGUCCUCAUCUAUCACCCCGCAGUCCAGCGCUGCAGCCGGGGGCAACCGCUCUGACUCCGCCCCUUCCAUCAGUGACAUCACCACCACCACAGCCACCAACAGGAAGCAGGGCGCCACCCAGCAGUCGACGGAUGACCUGCUGGUGGCAUCGGCUGAGUGUCCCAGUGAUGACGAGGACAUUGAUCCCUGCGACCCCAGCUCAGCUCGGCCCCCUCUACCCGAGGUGAAGGUGUUCACAGGUCCGGUGGGGGAGGUGCGGGAAAGCAGCAGCACCACGGGCAUGGUGGUGGGCAUCGUGGCGGCCGCGGCGCUCUGCAUCCUCAUCCUCCUUUACGCCAUGUACAAGUACCGGAACCGCGACGAGGGCUCGUACCACGUUGACGAGAGCCGCAACUACAUCAGCAAUUCAGCCACACAGCCCAACGGCAGCGCCAAGGACAAGCCGCUGGGCAUCGCCAAAAUCUCCAAGAACAAGAAGAACAAGGACAAGGAGUACUACGUCUGAGGAGAUGUCCAACACACCGACAUAUACACCUUUAUAUAUAACGGUAUAUGUACAUAAAUAGAUAUAUUCUCAAAAGAUUACACACAUGAACACUGACAUAGACAUGAUGUUAAUGUUUACUCUCCAAUAAUCACACUCGCAAGCACAAACAUACAGCACACAAACAAGCACACAAAGACCAUGAACGUACAUUUAAGCACAAACACAAACACACACACACACACACACACACAGACUGGCCUGAGGGCGUGGACCCUUACUGUACAGUAUUUACCAAUGAAAAGAGUCUCUGUGAGAGGCUUGUUUUAUGAAUAUAAACACCAUUCCAAAUGAUUUUGAAAGCACCAGUCCAACUCCCAGUUAAGAACCAUUUUGGAGCCAGUCAGAGUCAAAGACCAGUCACUCCCCUGCCGCAGGAGGACCUCUGCGAUCGGACUCAAAGAGAUCGCAUCGGACGUUUUAGCGAAGCACAUGGCGGACUGUGUUGAAAGACGAGGCAGAAGAAUAAAACAAAGAUGAUGUGAUUGCAUCAAGAUAAAGCACUAAGUGUCUCUUCCAAGCUUCUUGGCCUUCCUCCCUGUUAGCAGACGGGACUCAGUGAAGCAUUGAGGAUGCUGAAGACAGAAGCACACGACGGUCCAGAAUCAGGGUGUAGCCACAGUGACAGUGAAUCUAGGCAGAGGCAGGGCUGGUGCUGUUAAUAUAACGGAUGGGCUGUGGUUGUUGCUGCAGAGCUGAUGUUUUACGGCGUCCUGUAAAUCACAAAGGCGGAAUAAGCAGAAAACUGAAAGUUAUUUUCCUGGACAGGAUACUUGAGACUUCAGAUGCUACCUACAGACACCAGUCAGGAGUGGCUGCAGUGUCGAAAACACAGACAAAACACACACACACAGUACAUAUCCACACACUAAAACAAAAAAUACACAUGCAGACAUACACAUACCUGCAAUGCUAAAGAUAUCUUCAUAACUGACACUGAAGAUUAUACAAGAAGACAAUGGUGAAAAUGACAAAGACCAUUAUGAUAAUUGUUAUGGCAAUGAUAAUGAUGAAUAUGAAGAACAUUUGGGCAGUAUAGACUCUUUGGGGAAGGGAGGGAGGGGUCUUAUUGCACGUGAAUUAUCUUACUCCGUGUGAUUUAUACCGCGUUGAAACUCAAGAGGUUACACCUUGAAGCAUCACCAUCAUAAACGUACCACUUUGGCUUAAGUAUUCCCAAAUACACUCUUCAAAUGGUUUUGAGUCUGUGGGAUUCAGACAUGAUUUAAUCUCUAAACUCCACUCUCAGUUCUAUCAUUGACAGUGUGACCAUCUCGAGUGUGCUGCAUGCCUGAGUCUCUGAGCUGUGGAGUCGAGUGGAGUGGAGUAAGUCCGCAGGUAGAUUUGUUUGUGGGCGGGGCCAGAGGAAGAGGAGGGCGUUGCAACUCCCGCGCACCUCCCCCCCCAAACCCGCACACAGGCCACAUCCUGUUUUCUAGACCACGCCCACUAAACCUACUCUUAACAGACCACCUUUUAUAGCAAAAACCAGCCGAAGGAAAAGAAAACAGAACAAAUUAAAUGUUACCAUGUGUUGCUAAUAGAUAGAAAAGUCCAGUUCAUGAUGCCAUCGGCUCUAAUAAUAACUUGAGUUGCUUUGAUUUCACCGGCCCUCCCUUUGCUCUCGUCCUCUUCGUCUAUUGGUUGACUGAUUUAUCGAUACUAAUGACACAGCCAAUACCAGAUAGACAGACAGAUGGGUUUUCCGACGGGCUUCGUUUAUGUGUUUAUGGACUUUUGUAGUGUCAAACCAACUCUACUAAUUGUAGCCCCAUGAUAUAUCAACAGAAACUGUGCCAUGACAUGAACAAGCCCCCUUUGGUUCUUCCAAGCAACGUUACAAAGCCAGUCAGAUGCAUGCAAACCGGACCAGGGCCACAACCCACUUGAACGGACUGUGCGUGAGAUUUCAGAGUUUAUUGUCGAGAUUAACUGAACAUAUUCCCUUUUUUCUUUCCAUCUUUAACUGGCCUUUUCCACCUCCUCCUUCUCCUCCUCUUUGUUCUUCCUCUCUCCCCUUCCUCCUCGUCUUUCUUUUCCCUCUAUCUCUGUUGUGUUGCCGUCUGAAACAAAAAGGAGGUGUCUCAACCAAUGGAAUUCUACAUCUAGGUGUUCAUUAACCAUGUUUAUUUUCUAUAUGUACAAUUUUUCUACAGUAUUUACUUUUAUUUUUAUUGUUACGGUUCUUUGAUGAACAUAAAGUGGAAAUUUAUUAUGAAAAAUAGUUUUGAAGAUUAAUGAGUAAAUAAAAUAUUACCCAAGUGAGCCUG